CAUGAGACGAAUGAAAUUGAUAAAUUCUGAUAAUUCCAAAAACAAUCCACAGCAUUUAAAAAUUCCUUAAAAAACUUUUGAAUUCCUCAUGAAAACUACAAAAAUCGAAUUCGCUGUUCAGCUCAAUGGCUCAAAUGCCGACGAAGAAAUCAAAUCAGCUCUCAAGGACGUUGGAACCGUCGAGAUCAACAAAAAUCUCGGAAGUGUCAUAAUCGAAACCUCAUCUACACCAUGGAGCGAAAUCCAGUCAAAAAUCGAAGCCACAGGUCGACGAGCUGUUCUCACGGGUUUCGGAGGACAAAGUUGCGUUUCCAUCAUCGAUACCGGCAAAUCAUCUUUAAAAGGAGUCGUUCGCAUCUGCAACGUUUCCGAAUCGUCUGGAAGUGUCAUUGACGGUGUCGUCGAUGGAUUACAAGCAAAUCGCAAAUAUCGCUUCAACAUCCACGAAUGCGGAGACUUGAGCGAGGGAUGUCAAUCUGUUGGCGGAGUCUUCAAACCUAGUCAAAUUGAGGAAAAAAUUGUCGAAGCUGAUGCCAAUGGAAGACUUUCAUUCCGGAUUUUGGAUAAAAAUUUAAAUGUACCUGACUUGAUAGGACGAUCGGUGGUCAUUAGCGAAAAAGAUUCAGACGAAAGACUUGGUUGUGGCAUCAUUGCACGAUCUGCGGGCAUUUUCCAGAAUUCCAAGAAGAUUUGCGCGUGUGACGGCGUGACAAUUUGGAGUGAACGUGAUCGACCCAUUGCUGGCAAGGGGCGAAGGGAUGAAAAAUAA